AUGGCACCUCUCAACCUGUACGAUACAGCCAUUAUCCCCAUCGUCCGCACGCUUCGCAACCUCUCCCGGGUCCUCAAGAAAGGAGAAAGCUACGCCGAUGCCAAAGGCAUUCCUCACUCGGAGCUCAUCGAGGCUCGCAUAGCUCCAGACAUGCAUCCGCUUCCAUUCCAAGUUCAGACUUGCUCCAAUGCCGCCAAAUUCCUUGCGGUUCGCGUGGCCGGUGUGGAGAACGUCCCCUGGGACGACAACGAGAAGACCUUUGACGAAUUGCAAGCGCGAAUCACCAAGACUCUUGACUUCCUGGAUGGCGUCAAGCGGGAGGAUUUCGAGGGCAGGGAAGCGAAUCAUGAGAUUGCGUUCCAUGGCAUGAAGCUCACUGGGCUAGAUUAUGCCAAUGAAUUUGCCCUGCCGAAUUUCUAUUUCCAUGCCGUUACCGCCUAUAAUAUUUUGAGGAUGAAGGGCGUGGAAGUUGGAAAGAAGGACUGGCUGGGCUGGAAUUGA